AACAUACAGAACCUUGUCGCAACCGAAUACCAAAAUGGGUGACGCACCACCAGCACUUCCUGACUACGUCCUUGACGCCGAUGCAGUCCUAAAAGAUACAGAGGCCGCCUGGCGACAUGGCCGGGUGCCGAACUAUUCAAAGACUAGAGAUUAUUAUGAGCAGACUAAAACAAUGACACACGAGGCCGGAAGCCUUCCAGACCUGGUCGAAAAACUCGUCAAAAAUUGGGAAAUCGAAGCCUCAUUCAAGACCUCGCUCGCCGAUUGGAGGACCAUCGACCAGAAGACAUAUUCUUUCUCAUUAAACGGAGGCCCGCCGCAAUCUGGCGAGCAUAUGCUCAAAGUCGGCACCUACAACGCUCUCCUGACCGCGAGCUCCUACUAUGAUCCGGCACACAAUGAUUUCGAAACCAGCCAUAAGGCAUUCAAGCGCAUGAUGCCCACAUUUGCCUGGGAGGUGAAAGAAGUAUACAGCGGACCGCCGACUGUGGUGUUCAAAUGGAGACAUUGGGGUGUUAUGGCGAAUGAUUAUGUGGGAUAUAACGAUCGUGGAGAGAAGGUCAGAGUCAAGGCGCAUGGCGGCCUUAUCGAUAUUCAGGGUAUUGUUAUUGCUAAGGUAAAUGACAAGCUUGAGCUGGAGAGGAUCGAUGUCUGGUAUGAUCCUAUGGAUAUGUUUCGCCAGAUUGCCCGCGAAAACGCGGAAGUUGUAGCCGACACGGCGGCGGUGGCUGGAGGCUGUCCGUUCUCUGGAGCUGGGAAAACAUCAUCCUCUGAAUGAUGCAGUGGCAUGAACUUGUAUAUCUACCCAUGUACACGUAAUGGAAUGUACGAUGCCCAGUUAAGACUAUACACCAUUUCAUUUUACUAGAGCCACACUAUAGCUAGUGGUGAUGAGGUGUAGCCUAGUGCCCUAAGCAUUUACAAUAGUAACCCCAGUUAUGUUUAAUACUCGUACGUUUUACGACCUAGGAUAACCAUAGUAGCGUUAUUAGUAUUAUUAUU